AUGAUGCGUGAACGUUUUAAUGUGUUGAACCACAUUAUCUGGGCGAAGCCGUCCGGACGCUGGAACGGGUGCAACAAAGGAAAGCCUGCGGGCGUAUUUCCCGGCAACAGAGCGCAUUCUGUUUGCCUGAACAUUAUCAGGGGCCAUACCAGCCUCAAAAGUGACGGUUAUGCAGCAAAGGGGCGCGAGCUUAAGCAGCACGUCAUGGCCCCGCUGAUUUCUUACUUUCGUGAUGCGCGUGAAUCACUGGGGAUAACGUCAAAACAGAUAGCUGAAGCCACCGGAAAGAAAAACAUGGCUUCGCACUGGUUUGGUACCAGUCAGUGGCAGUUACCGAAUGAGGCCGAUUACAGUAAACUGCAGGCGCUGUUUGCACGUGUGGCGGCAGAAAAACACCAGCGCGGUGAACUGGAGCAGCCACACCACCAGCUGGUCAGCACAUACAGCGAACUGAACCGGCAAUAUGCCAGCCUGCUGGAGGAAUACAAAUCACUGCGGCGUUAUUUUUCCGUAUCGGCUGUCGUUCCUUAUACGGAUGUCUGGACGCACAAGCCCGUGCAGUAUUAUCCGGGUAAGCAUCCCUGUGAAAAACCGGCGGAUAUGUUGCGUCAGAUAAUUACUGCCAGCAGCCGUCCAGGCGAUUUGGUCGCAGAUUUUUUUAUGGGGUCGGGGUCGACAAUAAAAGCGGCACUGUCGCUGGGACGCAGGGCGAUUGGCGUGGAACUGGAAGAGGAACGUUUUAAUCAGACGGUCAGAGAAAUAACGAAAGAUUUUUAA